AUGAGACUCAUCUUUCAAGCGUGUUCAAUGAUCAUCACACUGGGCAACCUUGUGGCUUCUCAAGCACAGUCUUCUGGUUUGGAAGAUGCCAUCAAGACCAAAAUAAUCAAUUUCAAUAAUGAGAAGAUGCAGAUCACAUGGGCAGCAAGAGAGCUUUUUCGCAAUGAGAAUGUGUCAUUUUCUUACACAUUUGAUGAAGGCAAGCACAAAGUUUGGAAACCAUGUCCCACAUAUUUAUUGGAUCAAGAUUAUAAUUUUGGGUGUCUUUUUAAGACAGAAGGACCCACCCUUGCCAUCUCUAUUAGGAACAGCAACGGAAGUGAAGAGCUUUUUUCUAAAAAAUUAAAAUCUGAUUUUUAUAUAAAACCCAAUCCACCAGAAAAUGUGACCUUCUUCUGGAAAGAGGACACAGUUACUGUGAGCUGUAAUAAACCAGAGAGAGCUGUGAAGUGCUUGAGACUUGAGCUUCAAUACAAAAGCACGUUUGACAAAGAGUGGCAAUCCAGAACUUCCAGAUGUUGCCGUGUUGGAGAUCAAGGCUUUGAUUCAAGGAAAUGCUAUUCUUUCCGGGUCAGACUGAAGAGACUAGUACCCCACUGCAACGUAGUUAAUUACAGCAGUGACUGGGAAGCAGAAACAUUUUGGAAGAAUGGCACGUUAUUAGAUUCAUGUGAUGAUGAUAGAACAUCUCAGUCAAACACAGUAAUUGUUUUAAGUUGCUUACUGGCAGUACUUCUGAUGAUGAUUAUCCUCCUGAUUCUUCUUUGUAAACGGCAGAGGCUUCAGAAGUCAGUCAUGCCUGCUAUACCAGAUCCAAAAUACAUAUUUGCUGAUCUCUUAAAUGAUCAUAAUGGAAACUUCCAGGAAUGGCUAGACAAAACUGAUCAUGUGGUGCUUCAAACCAAGCUAGAAUAUGAAGAGCCAGAGUGCAUCACUGAGGCAGAAAGCCAACAAGAAGAUGAAAAGAACAGUGGCAAACAGGGGCCUUAG